CAUUUGGACACGUUUCCUCUGAGGGCUUCAGGUGGCGUCUCUCUCUCUCUCUCUCUCUCACACACACACACACACACACACACACACACACACACACACAGAGUGGCGCCAUCUAGUGGUACUUCUGCAGAAGCUUCAAGACCAUCGGAAACAUCAGCUGAGGGGCAUCAAGCCCCCAAAUGAAGUCCAGAUGUUCCCAAUGUUCAAUGUGCUGAUGGAAGACCAGAUUGGGCACCUGUAGAUAAGACAGACAGGUGAGACCAUCACCUAACCAUGUGUAACCUUUAAGCCCAAUGAGCACCUGAGUGAGGAGGACCGCCACGUCUUUGGUGUCGGCCAGCGUGUCCUGUCCCCCCGAAAAGACGGCCGUGGGAACCUUCAUGUCUUGGACUCGGUACUGGGGGGGAAUGGACUGAGAGGCAGACAGGAAGUGAAGACCAGACUGAAAAUGAAAGUGUUGAACUUUGACCGUCCUCACCUGGUUAUAAUGUUUGAUGUUUCCUUCAGUGCCGAAGUCAAACGCCAUCAGCUUCCCGCCUCUAACGGCCUAAAGACACAAACAAUACGACGUCACUUCAUAUUGUCUGUGUGUGUGUGUGUGUGUGUGUGUGCGCGCGCACCUGGGCCCAGUGAAUCAUGUUUUGGACGGAUGUCCCAGCAGGACAGUGAGUGGUGUAGACCGCUGUUCGAGUCUGAAACAAUGUUCAGUUCAGGUUUAUGUCUUGUUGACCUUCACGUCAUUAGCAUUCUUGCUAAGAUAUCAAAUAUAAGAUCAACAGGCUGCUUCAGCAGACCACAAUGAUGAGAUGAUGAAGAUGUGGAUGACACCAACCAUGUUGAGGUUCUUCUCGUCAAAGCCGCACAGGAUGAAGAAAAGAUUUCCACACAGCUCGUUGAGCAGAUGCUUGGCGCAAACAUGCUCCGCAAACCACUCUAUCAUGUGACUCUGAGGCAGGAAAUCCCGCCUUCCAAACAGGCUCUGGGGGAGAGCACAGGAGCUGUUAGCACGUUAUCGCUGACGAGACGGGUCAUGUGACAGAUACGUUUUUUUCUAUGAUGGCGUCAUGCAACAGCACGUUAUUAUUGGUGUGACGGCGUCAUGUGACUAUUAGCACAUUAUCAUUGGUGUGAUGUCAUGUCACUGUUAGCAUGUUAUCGUUAGUGUGGUGGUGUCAUGUGACUGCUGGCACAUGAUCAUAGGUACAAUGGCAUCAUGCGACGGUUAUCAUUGGUGCAAUGGCGUCAUGUGACUGCUAUGCGAUUGUUAGCAUGUUAUCCUUGGUGUGAUGGCAUCAUGUGACUGUUAGCACAUUGAUCAUUCGUGUUAUGCGUCAUGUGAUUGUUAGCACAUUAUUGAUGGUGUACUGUGACAUCACGUUAUCGUUGGUGUCAUGGUGAUUGUAGCACGUUAUUGUUGGUUUAAUGGCGUCAUGUAACUGUUAGCACGUUAUCAUAGGUGCGAUGGCGUCAUUUGACUGUUAGCAUGUUGAUCUUUGGUGUGAUGGCGUCAUGUGACUGUUAGCACAUUAUCAUUGGUGUGACUGUUAGCACGCAUUGGUAUGAUGGUGUCAUGUGACUAUUAGCAUGUUACUGUUAGUGCGAUGGCGUCAUGUUAGCACGUCCUACAUAGACAAAGGAGUCGGGCACGUUGGACAGUUUGGUCAUGGGGCUGCUGGUAAAGGCCACCGUUGCCACAGGAGCCAAAGCGACAAACAGCUUGAUCUUGGCAGCCAGUUGUGGUAGCGUGGAAAACGCCAUGAAUGCUGGGUAGUCACACACAGUCAUUGUUAGUGAUAACAUUACGCGUAUGCGUGUGUGUUUGUGUGUUACCUAUGGUGGUCCCCUGAGAGUGUCCAAUGUAAACAAUGUCUUCUUGGCCGGUCUCCUUCAAGAUGUAGUCCACAACUGCAGGUAGAUCCUUUAGAGCCAUUUCAUCGUGACUGCAUGUGCACACACACACACACACACAUUGACACUUCAGUAGAAGUCAUGUUGGACAGUCAGGUGAGCAUACCUGAACCUCCAGAAGUCUUCCUGAUCUGGGCGGAACUUGUGGUGUUUCCUGGACCAGGUAUUUCCUCUGCUGUUUCCCAGCCAAACAUCGUAGCCAGCGUCGGCUAACACGUAGCCCAGACUAGAAGCGGGCGGGUUGGUGAUCCAGUUGCUUCCGGCUGCCAGGAGGCCAUGUUGUAGUAAAACGGCCAUUCUCGGACCUGCGCCACCAAGAACAUCACAAAAAUGUAAACAGAGCGGAUGACAUGACAUGUAGGUCACCACCUGAUGACAUCACACAUGACAUGACACCAUCAUCACCACCACCUUGUGUCGUCUUGCGUCCUGCAGGAAUCCUGUUCACCAUCAGGAUGUACCCAUCCUCCGUCAUAACCUCAUGCUCCUCUGCCGGGUAACCCCAUCUCCUGAUGAUCUCUGUCUACGCGCGCGCGCACACACACACGAGUGAGCUGACAAUGUUACCAUGACAACCUGUCUGAAGAGUGUGUGUUGCUCACAAUGUUCAUAUGCACUUCAGGGUCCAGUGGUGGCUGUGCGCUGAAAGAGGGCUGCUUCGUUGGGGGUGACGUGUUAGCCACGCCCACAGCCAACAGCAUCACACACAACAAACCUAGCAUGGUAUCUGCGCACACAAACACACACACACAAGCGAAAACACUUUACUAUUGUUGACAUCCAUCAUUUCUGUUCUUUCACCUGGAAGUUAGCUACAAAACAAGUUUGUGGCUGGUCAUGGAGGUCAAAGGUGAAAACAAGAGCUUUGACCUGAGCGGCGUCAUAGGAUGACAACUUUGUAACACAAAAAAACCCACAACAUUGUUAUUAAACACGGUAUUUGUGUAGUUUUAACGCAUUUCCUGUACUACGAAAGUACUCACCCGAAUCUCAGUUUAGCUGAACUGUGACCAUGUGACAACGGAUGUGAUGUAACGUCACGAUGAAUUGUCGGCCAAAGUACAUUAAAAAAAAGGUUUUAUUAAAAUGUUUUAAAAAUCUACCAAAAAGUAGAAGACAAUUACGUGAUUUAUGCAAACAUUUGUGGACCCACUAUUUGAGGAAAUACAGUAUCCCUUUACAGCUGUAUCGUGUUUUUGCUUCAACUUUGCUUCAACCAAUCAGCACCAGAAUACGUCACUUCCUGUCAAGGUAGUUCCGUUUCGCUUGAGGAUUUUGUGGGUUGUUUAAAAAUGUCCCGGGUUCUGAUCGUUGGAGCCGGUCUGACGGGCAGCCUGUGUGCGUGUCUGCUGAGGAGGGAGAUGAACAACAAAGUCCACAUCGUGGUUUGGGACAAAUCCCGUGGUUCAGGUGGAAGGAUGUGCACUUCUCGUUCUUCUGAUUCUCUGUCUCACUCGGCGGACAUCGGAGCGCAGUACAUCACGGCCACGCAUGAAUAUGCUCAGUCUCACAAGAGUUUGUACUCAGAGUUGUUGUCGUCUGGUGUCCUGCAUCCUCUGGACUGCGUGGUGGAAGGUUUGCGACACCAAGAUGGGAGUAAGAACUACGUGGCACCGCUGGGCAUGAGCAGUGUGGUCAAACACUUUCUGCGUGAGUCAGGAGCUGAUUUGUUCUUGGAGCAUCAUGUGACUGGGCUGUACCGCCGCGGUGCCUCAUGGGAGGUUCACAGGACGCAGGGUGGCAGCGAACGCUUUGACUCUGUGGUUCUGACCAUGCCGGUUCCACAAAUUCUGCAGCUUCAGGGGGACCUGCAAGACAUGCUGUCUGCCAAGCAGAGGGAGCAGUUAGACGGGGUGGCGUAUUCGUCUCGUUUUGCCUUGGCGCUCUUCUUCUCCCCUGGUGUGGACAUCGAUGUUCCUUGGGCUGCACGCUACUACAACAACUACAAUGACAGCAACAACACCAAGUGCAUCUGCUACGUGACCGUGGAACCUCGUAAACGCGGCACAGAGGGGGACGCGGCCUGCGGUCCGUCUCUGGUGGUCCAUACCAGCGCUCUGUUCGGCCUGCAGCACGUGGAGCAGGACAAGGAGGAAGUUCAGUCAAUCGUCUUGCAGGAACUCGACAAGCUCCUCCCCGGUCUCCCUCAGCCGGUUGGCAUCAAGUGCCACAAGUGGAGGUACUCACAGGUCCUGACCUCGGUGCCAAACUGCCCGGGUCACAUGACCAUCCUGGAGCACCCGCUGCUCGUGUGCGCGGGCGAUGCCUUCAGCCACUCCAACUUUGACGGCUGCGUAGAGUCCGCUCUGAGCGUGCUCGGUGUCUUUAAAGCCAGCAUUCGGCAGGAAUGUCAGUAAUUUCCUGUCUAACUAUGUUUGACCCGCCUCCUAAAGCAAAAGGACAAUUUGGUUGGUUGUUAUAAAUACUUUAUUCACUUGACAGUGUUUGAUGUCUUUUGAAAGGAGACGUUCCACUCUUAUAACGUGUUUUCUGGGGACAAAAUGGACUGAACCUGAGAUCAUUUUAACCAGGAAACAAUGACCCAAGUGUGUCCAUGUCUUCUUCCUGUUUGCUUGCUGCUCAGAAAAACCCAGGAAGUUGUUGUUGAUUGACAGUUCAUUACCGUGGUUAUCUCCAGGAAUGGAUGCUGACUCCACCCGUCUGACACGUCGGAGCCAUCAAAUCAAACACACCAGGGGUCUCCAAGUGGCUGUGCUGUAGGGACAGACAGGAAGUGGGAUGAACAUUUGUGUUCUCCAGACUGGUAGGAUCCCAGUUGGGAGUUUUGCCUCUGCUGGUUCAGCACAGACCAGCACCAGGACCAAAACGUGGACCAUGAAAGCAAAGUCUACAGAAUCAAGGAGGGAAGGACAAGGAACUGUGGGAGUCUUCCUGUCAUUCAUUUUCAACUUUUCCUCCUCGUGUCUUUGCAGCCUUCUUGGCCCCGCCCACCUCCCCCAGACGGAUCACGUGAUUGUCCAGCUGUGCAUUGAGUAGAAGAUUACAGGGGGGUGGGACUUAAUCACACGUUGGUGAUCUGAUCGCGGUCCUCGUCAAACAGCUCAUUCUCUGGGUCUGAGUCCGUGGUGUCCGAGUAGCGGUAGUGAUCCGGUUCAUUGUCGCUGACGUCCGGCGUCACCGAGGUGGACGUGCUGCUCGCCUCGCCGUUGGCACCUUCCUCCACAGUCUUGGUGAAGAAUAGUUUGACCUGCAGGACAAGUCCGUCAGAUGGAGUGUGGUCACAUGACUGACACACGGUGAAGUUCUUACCUUAAAGUUGGGCGAGAAGUUCCUGUUGGCUUUGUCCUUGUUGGCCUUGUCCAGGUCGUUCUUCAGCAAAGUCAGAACCAGGAAGUCACCAUCUUCACCUUCACCUCCCAGCACAGUGCUACCCAGCUGCUGCUGCCUCCUGUCGGCAGCUUCCCGCAAAGUUCCCAUGCUGCCAUUCUCCAGCUUCUCAGGAUUGUCCUCUGGCCCGGGUAUGAAGAAGGUGUUAACCCAGAAGUGGAACAUCUUUUCCUGAGGGCGAGAAGAGAUCAGAGUCCACGCGACAUCACCACACCCAUACGAUGUCGCCUCACCUUUUUAGAAAUCUUGUUCUGCUUGUGGAAGAACUCCACCUUGAUGUCGCCGCACACAGGAAGAGGCUGCGGGAACUCGAACAUCAUCACCUUGUCUUCCCGCCGCGUGUAGGCGGGGUUAGAGGUGUGGAUCUUCACCUUCACCUGGUAGAUGACAAACUGUGGAUCUGCAGUGGGAAGAACAACAGCCUUGAGUAGGCAAAAGUGUCAAACGCGUGGCUGGCGGGACGGACGUGGACUCACUGCAGUUCCCGCCAGUGAACAUGGGGAUGGUUUCAAAGAGCAUCUUGUGGAAGAGCAGAGCCACCGGCGUGUAGUGCAGUCUGCUCCUCAGCAGCGUAUUGUAGUAUGUCACGUAACGUCGCUGGCUCGGGAUGGUCACACCCUACACACACACACACACACACACACACACCUUUAUAGGUAAGCAGUUGGACGUCUUUUGACUGACAUGCUUCCAGGAAUGCUUUGCGCUACGACAAGUGUCCACCUUCUUGUCCCUGGUGCGAACUUCUCCGUAAAAGUCGAGUGCUUCCUGCGCCUCCUGGAACUUGCCCCGGUGCAGCAGGUAGGCGCAGAUCAUGACCCCUGUGCGACCUUUACCCGCCUUGCAGUGGAUUGCGGCGACGUGCUGCUCGUCUUCGCUCAGCCACUGGUCCAGGUCUUCACAAAAGGGCUUAAUGAGCUCCAGCUGGGGGGGGUUGUGGUCCUCAAAGGGGUAUUCGGCCACUAGCAGAAGACACGUAAGCAGUUGCUACAAGUCAAGGAAACUGGGAGUACUAGGGAACUCUACUUUUACAAGGAAUACCCAAAGUCAAAGAAGGUAAAGCUGUCAUUGAACCAUUUGGACUAGAGGCAUGGCUUUGGGCUCUUUAGAACAGGGGUCACCAACACAGUGCCCCCCACGACCACAUGAGGCGCCCACAGGCCUGCUUUUCAUUCAGGUUUUCAGUUAAUAAUGUGAGAACACGCGAAAGAAAAGUAUUCUGAAACAUAAAAUGUGAAUUGUGGAUACCAGCAUUUUGUGAAUGUUUUGGUAAAACAAGCAUAUUUUGUUUUGUUUGGGUUGAAAUAAGGUAUGAAAAUCAUUUCUACAAAAAUGAGUAGCUUGUGGCCAUUUUUAUUUUCUAAAAGUAGCUCUCGCAAGAAAAAACGUUGGUGACCCCUGCUUUAGAAUGUGUCUUAAGUGCUGCUCACACUUAGUAAUACACGGAGAAGAACUUUUUUUUUUUUUUUCCCAGAAACGUGCCUUAAACAUUUUUUAGGUUUGGAGGUAUUGACUGGGAAAAACAUAGCUUGAGCCCUUACCUAAUCCCAUUUCAAAUUUCACAGCGAUACUACAAAAACUGAGUAUUUUAUGCAGACGGCGUUCUAUUUGGAGACCUUUUGGUCACGCUGGGUCAGAUCUUCACUAACUCCAUAGCUUCCUGACACUGCAUCUUGACAUGUGUGCCAUGAUUGUAAAAAAAAAAAAAGACAGACAAAACAAGUUUAAAAAGCUCAACAUUGAUGCACCGCUGACAAAGCAUGCAGCGAUUGAUCGGCUGCCGAUCCUUACACAUAAACAUAUCUACCUCGGUAAAGGUCUGAAAGUCAGCCAUUGCCCCCUUACGCUGUGACAGCUAGCAAUCGAGCCUAAAGCUAAAGCCAGGCUUAUGAGCAGUGGAAAGAGCCUGCUGAUGUCGCGGAAGUUCGGCGUGAAUUGGGAGCGGGAGCGCCACGGCUGCAGGAGGCGCGUUUAUUCACAGCUCAUCUCUUGAGCAAGUCAAGAGACCUUGGACGACCAGCACAUUUUCAAUCGUUGUGCACUUUUUUUUUUGGUAAGAGGCUCAAAUCAGCUCUGCAGUGUAACCUGUAAAAGUUUGGUUUGUUUUAAAAACGUUUGGGCAGCAAUUUUGUCAACUUUACACUUAUAUAUGAGAGAACUACCCUGUGCAGUUAAAACAAGUUUAUUGUUUCAUGGGUAUUCAAUGUUUUUUAUUGUUUGUGUUCAAAACAUGGAAGGUGUAUGCUGUCAGUUUUUUUUUUUUUUUUAAUCGAUCUGUGCCAAAAUCAGAAUUGUCAGGUCAGGCUUUUUAAAGAUCGGUGAUCAGUGAUCGGCCAGAAAAUUGUCAUCGGUGCACCCCCAGUUGACACGCAAUCCCCACAUUUUCAUUUUCUCCGUUACGCAGCAUUCCUUCCUUUCUAUCGGGUCAAGUGAGACGUCAGUCAAAAGUUCAUAGCUGAUUAGGUAGCAUGACGUGACUAAUGCAGCCCUGCUAACCAAAUGUACGAUCAUCUGAACUCCUGACUGCUCCUGAGGGCGACCGAGCCAUGAAGGCUCAGAGCAUUAAAUGUAGUUUUUGUCAGACAACCAAAACAUACGAAAACUAAACCUAAUUUUUUUCCUAGGAAAUAAUACAAACCCCCAAAUAUGACAGUUUCAUUAAA